AUGAGCUUUCAGCGUGUACUAGAGCGGGACGACGAUGGCGUACCAGACGAAACUACGAGUAUUGCGACUGCGCGUGGCAAUGCGACAAACUACCAGAGCACGCGAAUGUCACCCAAUCCGAGAAAUAGACGUCCCGCACAGCAAUCCGAACUCGACUGUCCGGUAACAAAUGGUACAAACGGUACAAACGGCACGAAUGGCGCAUCUCUCCAUACGAACGAAAAGAAGAAUUGGUUAAAACAUUGUUUUAGUGGCGUGUGGUCGGUAGAGUUGGAGAAUAAAGGAAGCGUAGCUAGGGACCAUUUGGCUUUGGAGCGGACAUUUCUUGCCUGGCUUCGAACAUCACUUUCAUUCGCAUCUAUCGGAAUAGCCAUCACCCAAUUAUUCCGUCUAAACGCGUCGAUAGAGCCAGAUGACCCCCAUUUUCAGACGAUUCGCCAUAUAGGAAAGCCGCUCGGUGCAACUUUCAUAGGCAUAUCUAUAUUAGUCUUGUUGCUGGGAUAUCGUAGAUAUUACCAAGGCCAGCAAUGGGUGAUCAAAGGGAAAUUCCCUGCUUCGAGGGGGACAAUAAUAAUUGUCUCGUUGGUUGCAUGUGCGCUUAUAGUUGUAAGCUUGUUUGUGGUUCUAUUUACGCAACCUACGGGUGUGGGAUCUAGCUAA